AUGACAAGUCCCCGUAGGAAACGUGAGCGCAUUUGUCCUUGGUGUUCUCAGUCUUUUUCGAAAGAGGAUCACCUGGCUAGGCAUGUCCGACGCCAUACCCGUGAAAAGCCUUUCUCGUCUCAUGGCGUCAGCCCGCAGUCGGAGAGCCAGAGAGAGACAAAUACAGCAGGGGAGCCUGUUCAAAAUGAGACGCUUCAGAUUCAKGAACUGUCGCCAGAGUCGAUGGCAAAUUCAGCACAAGAUUCCUUUCCACAUGCGAACUCUCUAUUAGCUGCCCAGUCGACCAGAGACCUGGUAGUCAGCUCGUCAUGCCAAGAGGAUCCGCUGCCGGUGAGCUUUUAUGACUGGCCGGUAGACUGGGCCUCACAGCCGUCAACGUGGCUGGCGGAUGCUGACUUCGAUCUGAACGCGCUCAAUGCAUCGGUCAUCACUUCUUCUAUGCCGUUAAAUUAUCCAACCCCAGCCCCACUCAUGGAACCCCCUGCCUUAGUCGCGCUGUCCGGGAGUGGUGCCCCUACAUCUACAUCUAUACCAGAACGACUUGAAGACACGGUUCGCCGGCGAUGGUUUACCUUCAUUGAGGGCAUUGGUACCGGCUACGACACACCCGGUGGCAGACCAGACAGCAUCCACAUUGACGAUGCUGAUCGGGAUAGCUUGGCACAACGCCUACAGCAGCACAUCAUUACAGCGCCGUUGCCGUCAACAGGCUUCUUGUGGGAAACACAUAUAGUUCGAGAGAAAUCUGAAGCCCUGUCUAUGGUUCAAGCGGCUUUAAUCGGACAGACCUUUGGGAUGUUAUCAGGGAGGCCAAAAGACUUAUUAACCGUGCAGACAUUCCAUGGAACGGUGAUCACUUGGGCGAAAAGAAAGAAUUUCUUCUCCGGUCAUCGCGCAAUUGACCUUAUCAACAUAGAAGAUAUUGAGCGCGCACCUGAGCGGGCAUGGAGAGUAUGGUCUCAGGCGGAAGAAGAGAUCCGGCUCUGGGCCGCGGUUUCCAUCCUGGACGCUGAACUGUCCGAACUAUUACUCAGCGAGCCUCUUCUACGACGAUUUUCGCCGUCAGAUCUAGUAUCCGAGGACGAUCUUUGGACGGCUCCGACUGCGCAAGCCUGGGGGAAUGCUGUGCGACUCCGAGUUGAACAAUCCCGGAUACAUUUUAGCCCCUCAACCCCCAGUCAGGCGAUAGGAUUUCGCUCGUAUGUUGAGCUAGAAGGAGUCACCUCAGCCAUUAGCAAUGCUACGAACUCUCUAGAGAAUAACAGGAGAGAUUUAGUCCUGGUGAAAUGGCAACCACUUCUGAUGAGCUUCUACGACCGCUAUCUUCAUCCUUUGCAGCAGAACUCGUUUCCCCAAGCGGAUAAAGAUAAAUUCUGUCAGCAGGCUCUUUGGCACGCCAACUUCCUUAGCCUCCUAGCUGAUCUGGACCGUUUAGAGCAAGCGCUUGGGCGUGAAGGAUUUGAUGAAGCUCAGCGCAAUACCAGCUAUGCCCGUGCGUGGGCAAACUCAUCCGAGGGCCUGCGAUGUGCCAUCCAUGCUCUUUUAAUUCUCCGUCUGUUAGAGACGCUGCCAGUUGGGGGAACCGAGCCGGCAAUCCAUGUCCCCCGAGUGCUUUUCCGGGCGACUAUUGUCUGGUUCUGCUAUUUGAAAUUUGGCGUCGGGGACCCCGCAGAAUGGUACGAGCAGAGUCAGGCCUUUAAUAAUCCGAAUAGCUUGCCAGAGCUGAGACACAUUAGUGUGAACCUUGGGAAUCUCCUUUUUGAGUCUCCGGAUUUCCAGCAGAGGCGGCCAAGUCCAUCAGAAUCCAGUACCACAUGCCGAUAUGUAGAUCUCAUGGGACGCAUUGGACACUGGGGGUUAUUCCGCCAGUUAGGCGCGGUAGGAGCGAUGCUGCUUCAUGGGGCUUUGGAGGCUCUUCCUCCUGUGCAAGCCUGGGCUUAA